AUGCAUCGUGACCGCGCAUCGCCAAUCAUCGGUCCAACCUCACCACAUUCUACGAGCCAUAUGAAUUCUGCAAUGUUUUCGACAUCAUCUCGCGCGAAGCGCAAGGCUCCUUCAAAUCCUCUGCGGCUGCCUUCGCUGCCACGAUUUCACCCCGCGGUAUACCAAUCACCUAGCACGAGCGCUUCAAACACUCCGGCUUCAGAACUUAGCACUCCUCACGCUCACGCGCAGAGACAAAUUUCCGAGGCCCAACGGCAGCUAUACGCUUAUCAGCGAGAAUUGAUGGGUCACACAUUUGCUACACGGGAUCCCGUCAGGCAGGUUGGCACAAAGCCUGCCAGUCCAAAGCUGGUACCGCUUGGAAGCCCAGGCCCAGUCACGCCGUUGAUGUUAGAAGAGGAGGGUGGCUAUUUCAUAGCAGGGGCAACUUCAGUGGCUCGUGGCGUUUGUGACGAGGCAGCUCAAAGAGAACUCGUUGAGCGCUUGAUAUGCCAGGAAACCACUCGCGAAAGACAACGAUAG